CAGAGUGGCAGACUUCGAUUUUUCAUUACGGUAGCACUGCUUAUCAUUGAAAAAUUGUAAACAAAACACAACUUCUUGUCUUCUUUAAUACAGCUUGGCUAGUUUACCGACUUUUUGAAAGACGUAUUUUAUACUUUUAUGUUUAAUUCCGGAAUAUUUUUAUUUGACACGUAGUUUUAAUAAGUUUAAACUUAAUUUAAGAUAUCUAACUAUGUUAGACACAGACAAUGAAAAUGAAAAUAAGAGACUAAUGACGGGCACUAUGAAAACUCAAAAACAUAAUCUUCGUACACGGUUUUGCCAAAAAGUACUAACCUCUACUUUAACGUACUAAGAAACACCAUGUUUAUCAAACAAGUAAUUAUUCACGGUUUCAAGAGUUACCGUGAACAAACAGUUGUUGAGCCGUUUGACAAGAGACACAAUGUUGUUGUUGGCCGUAAUGGCUCAGGAAAAAGUAAUUUUUUUUAUGCUAUUCAGUUUGUGCUCAGCGAUGAGUUUUCUCAUCUUCGACCUGAACAACGUCAAGCAUUGCUACAUGAAGGUACUGGACCUAAAGUCAAUUCUGCCUACGUAGAGAUCAUUUUCGACAAUACAGAUAACCGACUACCAAUUGAUAAAGAAGAGGUAGUGUUAAGAAGGGUUAUUGGUGUUAAGAAAGACCAAUACUUCUUAAAUAAAAAAAUGGUACCAAGAAGUGAUGUUACUAAUUUAUUGGAAUCUGCUGGAUUUUCGCAUUCAAAUCCUUAUUAUAUAGUUAAGCAAGGUAAAAUUAAUCAAAUGGCAACAUCUCCUGAUUCUCAUAGACUCAAAUUAUUGAGAGAAGUAGCUGGCACUCGUGUGUAUGAUGAACGAAAAGAAGAAUCAAUUGAGAUAUUAAAAGACACUCAGACAAAAUUAGAUAAAAUAGUAGAAUUUAUAAAAACUAUUGAAGAUCGUUUAAGUACAUUGGAGGAGGAAAAGGAAGAGUUAAAAGAGUAUCAAGUAUGGGAUAAAAAAAGAAGAACUUUGGAGUAUUGUAUUCACGAUAGAGAACUUAAAGAAACUCAAAGAAAAUUAGAAGAAUUAGAUAGCCGGAUGAGUAAUGUUGAUGAAGAACAAAAACGUCUUACUGCAAAAGUAAAAGAAGCAGCACACGAAACUAAAAAAUCUACUAAACACUUACGUGAUGCCAAACGCUUAGUACAUAGUGUUAAAGAAGACAAAGAUACUCUAAAUUUAGAACAACAAGAGUUGAUUAAGCAAAAAACCAAAUUAGAUUUUACAAUUAAAGAUCUUACUGAUGAAGUGCAAGGUGAUAAUAAUUCUAGAGAAAGGGCUGUCAGAGAGUUGGAAAAGUUACAAGAAACUAUUAAAACAAAAGAAGCAGACUUGCAAGAAAUAAGACCUAAAUAUGAAGCUCAAAAGAAAAAAGAAGAAAGUUGUACAAGAGAACUUGGACUUAAAGAACAGAAGCGUAAGGAAUUGUAUGCUAAACAAGGACGUGGAAGUCAAUUUGCGUCCAAGGAAGACAGAGACCAAUGGAUUCAAAAAGAAUUAAAAUCUUUAACCAAGCAAAUUAAAGAUAAAAGUGAACAUAAAGAAAAAUUAACAGAAGAUUUAAAAAAAGAUGCUGAACGUUUAUUAGAACUUGAGAACUUGGUGCAUAGUAACUCAACUGAAUUAGAAAAACAAAGGACUGCGAUCGACGAGUAUAAUAAACGAUACUAUGAACUGAAAAAAAACAAGGACCAAUAUCAAAGUCAAAGAAAUGAAUUGUGGCGUAAAGAAAGUGCAUUGCAACAAACUUAUUCAACAUUAAAAGAUGAAUUAGCUAAAGCUGAUCAGUUGCUUCGAAGUAUGGCUGGUAAAGCAAUUUUAAAUGGAAGAGAUAGUGUGCGUAAGGUCUUAGAAAUUUUCAAAGAACGUGGAGGAUCUCAAGCCAAUCUUGCUAAACAAUACUAUGGCCAAGUAAUUGAAAAUUUUGAUUGUGAUGAAAGCAUACAGACGGCUGUUGAAGUGACUGCUGGUGGAAGAAUGUUUUUUCAUAUUGUUGAUUCUGAUAAAAUUGGAACACAAAUCUUAAAAGAAAUAAAUAAUCAGAAUUUACCUGGGGAAGUAACAUUUAUGCCGCUUAAUAGAUUAACUGCCAGGACAAUAAAAUAUCCACAAUCCAAAGAUGCCAUUCCAAUGGUCAACAAAUUGAAUUAUGAAUCUCAUUUAGAUAAAGCGAUGAGAUUUAUUUUUGGCAAGACUUUGAUAUGUCGAAAUUUAGAAAUAGCUACGAGUAUAUCUAAGCAAAGUAUGUUAGAUUGUAUUACAAUUGACGGAGAUCAAGUAUCAUCAAGUGGUACGCUUACUGGAGGUUAUUUUAAAAAUGUCCGUUCUAAAUUAGAAAUCCAAAAGCAACGUAAUGAAUUAAUGUCUCAAAUAAAAGAAUCCGAAGAACAGUUGACUGUACUUAGAACACAGUUAAAUGAUGUUGAAGGGAAUGUUAAUGUAGUCAUGGCGGAUAUGCAAAAAACUGAAACCAAGAACAGUAAAGCUAAGGGAAAUUUUGACAAAUUAAAAGGAGAUAUCAGACUUAUUAAAGAAGAAAUGGUUGGAAUUGAAAGAUAUAGGGUGACAAAAGAAAGAUUACUUGUAACUGCCUCCUCAAAUUUGGAAGCAAUGCAAACUACAAGAUCAGGUCUUGAAUCUGAACUACACCAAGAACUUAUGGCACAAUUAUCUGUCACGGAUCAAAAAGAAAUGGAUAAACUUAAUAAUGACAUAAAACAAUUGACACAAGAGAAUAAAACUGCAUUUGCAAUGCGUAUGAAAUUAGAAGCAGACAAGAAUAAAUUAGAAAAUCUAUUAACUAACAAUUUGAUUCGUCGUAGAGAUGAAUUGUUACAAGCAUUACAAGAAAUAUCUGUUGAAGAACGUAAACGUACAUUAGAAAGUAGUAGGUUAGAAUUAAAUGCUAUUGAAAAAAAAUUAGACACUAUUAAUGUAGAUAUGAAAAAUAUCGAUACCAAAGUACAAGAAGCUGUUAAGAGGCAAAAAAAAUGCCAAGAAGAAUUGGACAAAUGGAAAAUUCAAGAAAAAGAUGCUCAGGAUAAACUUGAAAAUGAAUCUAAAGAUCUUUGUAAAGUAACUUCUAAGCAAGAAAUGUUGCGUAAAAAAUUAGAAGAGUCGGAAUCUAAAAUCAACGAUCUUGGAGCUUUACCCAAUACAGAUCUGGUUACGAAAUAUAUGUCUUAUUCUUCAAAAAAUUUAUUUAAAGAGUUGGAAAAAGCUAAUAGUCACUUAAAACGGUUUAGUCAUGUCAAUAAAAAAGCGUUGGAUCAGUUUAUAAAUUUUUCAGAACAAAAGGAAAAACUAGUUUCAAGAAAACAAGAACUUGACCGUGGUUAUGAUAAAAUAGAACAACUUAUGAAUGUCUUAGAACAACGGAAAUGUGAUGCAAUACAAUCAACAUUUAAACAAGUAUCCAAGUAUUUUUCUUAUGUAUUUUCCAAACUUGUACCUGCUGGCCAUGCAAAACUAGUCAUGAAAACUGUUGGAGGUGAAGAAUCAACAACAAUUAAUAUGCGAGACGAGACCAGCGUUGGUAACUAUUCUGGUGUCAUGAUCAAAGUGUCAUUUGUUGGACAAGGAGGUGAAAUGCGAGAAAUGAAUCAACUAUCAGGGGGUCAAAAAUCUCUUGUAGCGUUAGGUUUAAUAUUUGCUAUUCAAAAGUGUGACCCUGCCCCGUUUUACUUGUUUGAUGAAAUUGAUCAAGCACUAGAUCCUCAACACAGGAAAUCAGUUGCCGAUAUGAUACAUGAAAUGUCUUCAGAAGCACAGUUCAUUACUACAACGUUUAGGCCAGAAUUGCUACAACAUGCGCAUAAGUUUUAUGGUGUUAAGUUCCGUAAUAAAGUAAGCCAUGUGGAAUGUGUUACCAGGGAGGAUGCACAUGACUUUGUGGAAGAUGAUACAACUCAUGGGUAAUAGGUUAUUAUAUUGUACACUUAAUCUCAAAGGUUUAAAAAUGUGUGUGAAAAAAAAAAUUAUUUUAUUUUAUCCAGCCGUUUAAAUUAUAUCACAUCAAAAUUAAUUUUAGUCUUUAGCCAUUAUUUGUACCACAUGACGUAGUGUACCUACCUAAACAUUAAGUCAGUAUUUUUUUAUGUAUAGUUAUUAUAGAUAUUAAUACAUUUUCAGCAUAUUAUCAUUGAGGAGUUUCAUUAAAAUUCUACCAAAUAUUAAUUAACGCAUGUUAACAAUUCAUGUCCAAUACCUAUUAGAUAUAAGAUAAUGACUCACACUUUUCAUUGAAUAUUUGUAUUGUUUUAUAUAUUUACCAGAUGAUUGACUAUUAGUAUAAACACUAUUUUGUUGGAAGGUAAUGGAAUUCCUAUUACCCUACCAUGAAACUGCAAAUCAGUAACCACCAGUUCUAAGGUAGUAGAAUUUUGACAGUUGAAACCCAAAGGGAUAAAAACAAAAUUGUAAUAAUUGAAUUAAUAUUAUAUUUCAUAUUAUAUAUGAGAUUAUACAAGAAUUAUUUUAUUUGAAUUAUCGCAAUUCAACAUUGAUUUACCAAUUACAUUUUAUUUUUACUUACCUCUAAAUGAUAAGAUAUUAAUUAUUACAGUGCGUAUAGUUUCUAUAAUAUGCUGUAAAUUUAUUGAGGAAUUUGUUAACUUUAAAUAAUAAACACAGAAUUGUAAAAAACAAACAUUUACAGACAUUGAAUAAAAUUAUUGUAAUUUUGUAACAAUUUUGAAAUAUAUUAUUAAGUUUGCAACUUUAUAUAUUAUAAUUAUAAAUAGUUAAUAAUAAUUUUUUUAAUGUAAUUGAUUUGUUUCCCAAAUAUAUAUUAAGUUUAGUAAUGUAUAGUGUCAAAACCAAGAUACUUAGCUUAAAGAUGUUAAAAUGUAUUUUUAUUUUUUAUGUGAUUACAUUUAACAGAAAUUCAACUCGCAAAAGAACUCUUAAUAUCAAAAUAUUUCAUUUUUGGUAAAUAACAAUAAAUUUGCUAUAAAACAAGCUUUAAUUGAAAUAUUUUAAAUUUAAUACAAUUUCUUGUUGAAUUGUUUUUAUUUUAAAACAGCAUUAUAUUUCUAGACCAUUAUAUCAAAAUUUAAAUUAUAAAAAUGUAUACUGAACCAAGUAUAAUAACAUAUUAAUUUGUACAAUAAUGUACAUUUAUGUAGUGCAAAUGGCCAUAUUGACAAAGCAAAAAAAAUAUCAACUAAAAAAAAUUAAUCUGAAAUUGUGAUCAAUAAAUUGUUUUAAAUUUAAAUAUACUUUUAACUUUUAUCAUUGUUUAAUGCAUGAUAUUUUUGCAAUUUAAGUUUGUUUUAAUUUGAAAUAUUUUGAUGAGCUAUUUAAUAAAUACAGUUUUUAACAUUUUUUGUUAAUUAUUGUAAUGGACAUUUGUCAUAAAAAUGAUCAAAAUUAUAAAUAAUUACUGUAAGAAUUAAUUUUAUUUUAAAAUACAUUUUUACCAUUGCAACUUUGCUACUUUUAAGUAAAUUAAUUUCUUUGCGAAAAU